UGGUAACUAGAUGGUCCUUAGUGUCUGCGGUAAUGAGUAAGUGGAAGUCUGUGUGUACCAUGAGUUGAGACACAUGUUGUUAGUUCCGACAGUUCACCAGAAACACGACGACUUAGAAGUCCAGAGUUUUUCCUGCCAGGUGUAUUGAUGUGGUAGAUGUCGUGUGGGCGGGGAAGGAUGUGUGAUGCAGGCUGCAUGUCAGAGUUGUGAACACUUACUGAUCCCAGAUCUAUAGAUCUAUCGUAGCUAUUUGUGGACUAAACUAGGUGUGAUAAAUUGUGACAGCUACGGAAAAGAAAGCUGUGAUAAAUCACUAGUGACCUGAGGAACCCAGACACAUCCCAUCUUCUGUUGUUUAACUCGCCACGAUCUCUGAUGAACCAGUGAAAAUGGAAAACAACAACGCUCAUAUAGUAAAUGGGGUUGAUGAAUGCCCCGAGGAUGAUCUAGUUUUUGAGGAUGAUGAGCACAAAGAGAAUAGAUGGGAAUCAUUAAACAAGCUGCGCAAGGCACGUCAACUUUGUGACCAAAUUUUGGUGAUCGGUGCCCAUGAAGUACCAGUUCACAGGGCGGUGUUGGCCACCGCAAGUGGUUUCCUGUUUGACUUGUUCCUGAAGCUGGAAGAGGAAGGCCCAGCACCACAAAACAGCAUGUGUACAUGUAAACUAAAGGACAUUGAUUAUGAUAGCUUUAUCUACCUACUAGACUACGCAUACACUUCCAGACUCGAAGUUCCUGGAGAGCAUGUGCGAUCCGUGUAUCGGGCAGCCAUCCAACUGAAAAUCCCAGAUGCUGCCCGAGCCUGCUCGAAAUUCUUGGCCGCUAAUAUGUCGUCUGCAAAUUGUAUAGGUGUACGACAAUUUGCUGAAGAGGCGGAGCUUAAACAGACAGCCGACGAGUACAUACAGAAUAACAUCACUGAGGUCACUGCCAGUAAAAACUUCUACGGUCUGCCUAGGGUACCAGUCGUUAUCAUAGGUGCUGACCCUGAGCUGGUGGAGUCUAGUGAUGAUCGUCAUAUGUUUAGCUUGGUGCUUAGUUGGGCAAAGGAGAACAUCGACCAGGAGAAGCCUCGCCUGGAGUACCUCACAGAACAGACCAACAUACUAUGCCUUAACGCUGACAACACACUGACAGACACCAAGAACAUCUCAGAUGACCGUAGGAAAGAUGAUCUGGUACGGGAUUACACACAGAAAACCAAAAACAGGAAGAUGUGUGGUAUUCCUCAGAAUCUGAUCCCAAGUAAGGAAACGGGAAAGAAGCUCCAGAUCAGUCCGGGUGGUACCGUGGUUCGCAAGUUCAGCAUCAACCCUGAUGGACUCAUUGCUGAGAAAGAAUGGACCACCAUAGCAACAUAUCAACUCAAAGACAAGACUUACAUGGCCAUCACCAUGCUGAACGGGACCUUGGCUACCAUUUCCAUCCAUUACCGUACAGGAAAAUCCAACUCAGGAAGUGGAUCAGAUGAGCCAGAUUCCCCAGACUCUGUGACCCCCAAACUCCCAUUCAUGCCCGACUCUUUAUUUGAGCGUCAUGCCUCCCUCACCCCCCUGGCCAACAUGAGCAGUGCGAGGUGUGGCUUUGGCCUUGGUGUGGUUGGAGACAAAAUCAUCGCUUGUGGUGGCUAUGACAGAGGAGAGUGUCUGCUGUCAGUGGAAGCUUACGACAUAAAGACAAACAAAUGGACUCCUUUACCUGACAUGCCUGACCCUAGGGGGCGCUUUUCCAUGGAACAGAUCAACGGUGUCCUAUAUGCAAUAGGGGGCUCUGAUGGUCAUGGUUGCCAAACGAAAAUACACUGCUUCGACGUUGCUACACAGAAGUGGAAAACUCUCUGUAGUACCAGCAACGCUAGGGUGUCACAAGGUGUGAUAGCGAUGAACGACACACUCUACCUGGUGGGUGGUUGUAUGGGUCAGAAGAGCUUGGCUAAUUUUCUGGUGUUCACACCCGCCACACAGGAGUGGGCCUCUCUGCCGCCCAUGAAUACACCGCGUUACCAAGCUGGGGUUUGUCAACACGAGGGAGAGUUGUAUGCCAUUGGUGGCACAGAUGGUUGGAACUGUCUGAACUCUGUAGAAAUCUUCAAUUUUAAGACGAUGACGUGGCGAAAUGGGCCGAAGUUGAAUGUUUCACGACGCGGUGCUGGAUGUGAGUCACUUAAUGGUAAGAUUUACAUCGUUGGAGGUAGUGACGGGACCCAGUCCCUCAAGUCCACAGAGGUGUUUGUAACCGAAAAGGAUGCAUGGAUAAUGGGUCCAGGACUUAGUGUUCCCAGAGCCAAUAUCGCUGUUGUGAUCUAUACAAACCGUGUGUUCGCAGUUGGGGGAUUUUCUGGACGGACUUUCUUAGAUACGACAGAGUACCUUAACCCUGACAACAAUGAAUGGUGCAGCUAUCUGUCUGUUGAGGACUCGGGGAUGACACAGAAAUGUAUUGACCGUGGACAAAUGAGUUCUAUAGCCCAGGUCAAUCAGGAGAAUGGACAUGCUAGUGAAAACUCAAACACCUCCUAACUCAUAGACUAAAUCUAUAUACAACAUUCCAGUUAUGUGUAUAUGGAUAAAGAAUAACCAAUAUAUUGUGAAUUAGCAUCUUUCUGUAAUUUUGGCGUUUCCAUAUCAAUUAGAAUCUUUAUACAAUCAGAUCUUAUUUUGAUGAUUCAGCAUUUUAUUUUUUAUGACCAAAAAAGAUUCUAUGUUUAUUUGGUAUCUUUUUGUACUUUUAUUAUUUCAAAUUUUACAUAUAGAUAGUAGAUACAUUUUUUCUGUAUUGAAAUUCAAUUGUUUUGGUACAGAAAAUAUCCUUUGUCAAAAAAAAUAAAAAAAUAAAAUUUUGGAAAUUUGUAGGUUAAUAUUUAAAUAAUACCAAAGAAGGGCAUUUGUACCAACCUAUCACAUGGUCAAACAAGUAAUCAUUCAUCUCUGAAAUUUCACAAACUAUUCCAACCUUUGAAUUAGAAGCGUUCAAAUGUGUCUUCAGGGGUGGAAGAGUUAAAUAUUGUUUACUCCAGUAUUAUACAUUUUUGUGAGUACAGAACAUAAUGUAGAUAAAUAGUAACUCAUUCACCCCUACAUAACUAAACUGGACUUGCCUAGUCUUUGAUUUGGUAAGGUUCAAAUGUGACUUUAGGGAUGAAUGGGUUAAAGCCUAUUUACACUAUCAGGAGAUGUUACCUAUUGGUAGUUAGGCCAUUAUGCACAGGGUAAUGGAAUCAGAUGUUAAUAUAUUGUCCGUUCAUGUUUUGUGUCCAUUUAUUAUGUACAUAUGCGGUCCUGUUAUUUGUUUACCUGGUUUUAUAUAUACAUUAAUACCAUGGUUCUAAUGAUUGUGAUAGAUAGCAGUGUUUUGAGCAUGUGUGUUUUUCAUGUUUCGUAAUGAAACAUCAUCAGUGAAUGUGUGACGAUAUUAGCAAGAUCAUGACGGUCCUUUGUUUUUGAACUAAAUUUUCUCUGCUAGUAUUGAAAUAUGUGUGAUGUAAUUAUGUGACUACAGUUAAAAGUGUUUCCUUAUGCUGUAUUACCAAAGUAAUCAAGUGUAUCACUUGUGAAGUGUUUUGUGAUGUAAUAUUCAGUCCUUCAUCGAUUUGUCGUUGAUGUCCUUUGGACUCGUGUUAAAUCUUGUUCAAUUCUCCAUUUAGGGUCACAUCAUUAUGUAUUGUGUGUAUAAACAUGUGCUUUUUUCCAGAUUUUCAGCCUCAAAAAGUACCUGCGCAAAUUACACAGGUGCGCAAAUAACAUGGGUUUUUAUGGCAUAUGCAUUGUAUUUUGUUGAGUUUUCAGUUUUGGUAGUGGGAUCUUUUAACCGAUACAAAAAUAAGCAACAUUCUAAGAAAUCAACUCAUAUUUUACAGUGACAUGAACCAAAUGAUUUAUUUUGAUGUCAAAGGGCAAAUAAUCUGAAAAUACAAAAUUUAGUUUAAAAUAAACAAAUAUAUAUAUACCAUCCUCCUUAACCUGUCCUUUGCGCUGACUUUUAGACCACCCAGUCUGAUCAUUUAACCCUGAAAACAGAUUUUGAACUCCUUCAAAUAAAAGGUUGGAAUAGUUUAUUAUGAAAUUUCAGGGGUGAAGGCGUUAAAGGUUCCAAGUUGCCGAGUCCCACCUCCUACAAUGUAUUCGACUAUUCUGUUGUUAGGUCCCACCGCCUGUGAUUAUGAAGCCUUCACCAUCCCUAUAGUUUGUUUCCUUAUCCUUCGUGACUUUGUUUGGAAUGUUAUGUUCCUGUUAAUUUACCUGUCUUGAACAUACCAAUUUCUUCAGGGCAGUUUUUCAUUUUGUCAAGGAAAUUUAAUAAUUUUGUAUCUGAAGAUGAUUUUUAUUAUGAUUUUAUAUAGAUGAAUCGCACAAGACAGCAAUUAUAUUGUACUAAAAAUUUCUGGAAUGUACACAGCCAUAUUGAUUAUCUAGAAGUGAAAAAAUUGAUUGAAAAAAACAGUCAAAAUAUUCAUAUAGAGUGAAGUCUGACUUUAUAGACACCCAACAUAUGUUUUCUUGGAGAUCAGGCUGAAUUUGUUUAAAAAAACUAUUGACAAUAUGCAUAUACACGUGCUUGUACAUAUAUCAGAUUUUGACACAACUCUAAGUAAAAUAUAAGACAGCAUUGAACUUGAUCCAAAAUCUUUUCUGAUGGAGGUAACACUAGUGAUACAUGUGUCUUUGCUCUAAAGUUGUUCAUUUUGUAUCAAUUUCACAACUUUCUUAUUUAUUAGCAAUAUGAAUUAUGGCAUGUACAAGUUGGUGAUCAUGUUGAUAAGGAAAUUGACACCGAUUUUACUUUGUUAAAACUGAUAUGAGAAGUUAUUUAAAAUGUCCAAUGAACUUUUAUUUAAAUAAAAUCAAUGAUAAAAUCAUGAUGAAGUGAUAAAGAACUAUAUAUUUAUACUGCUAGAUGCAUACUGUGAUGCUGUUGAUAUGACUGGUUUAUGACAUAUCCAGUGCUUUGACCAGUUGUAUCGCUUGUAAACUAUAUAUUUAUAUUCUCAGACUCAACUAGAUGUUAGAUCACAUGACAAUUGAAGAUUAUUUGAUAAAGAAUUGAUUAAGAUCUUGUCAGUGUUUGUCAGGUGGCUUCAGAAUAUUUUAUACAUGGACUAAUUAUAACAAAUCAGUUAGUCCCACCUAUGGAUGCUGCUUCUGUCUUCCAUCUAACAGGG